CUGCCUCGCCGUGAUGUCAGCCCCGCCGGGGCCGCCGCUGCAGCCGCUCCGUGCCCCGGGCUCCAGCCCCAGCCCCAGCCCCGGCCGCUCCUCGCCUCCAGCUCGCAUCGGCUCGCACCGCACCGCCUCCCCCUUCCAGCAUCCUCCCCCCUUUCCCUCGGCCCAGCGGUGAGCAGCGGGGAGCCGCCUUCGGAAGCGCUAGAAAGAGCCUUUGUCUGGCACCGCAGCCUCCCCGCCGCCUUUUGGGGGCUCCUCCGGGCUUUUCGGAGCCCCGGGCGGGUGUUGGCGGAGCCGCCAGGGGCUGCCGCUCUCGCACGCUUCCGACGGAUGGCUCUGAGAGUGCGGCGGCGCCCGGGGUUGGGGCUCUUUGUACACAGCCCUGCGUGCGUGUGGGAAAUUCACAUGAUCGCAGCCUGAAGGAGGAAGGGCUGCGAGAGAGGAGCGCUCCUGUCGGCUUCGCUUCUGUCGCUUUUGCUCCUCGCCCGCUCAGCCCUCCUGGAUGGUCGCCUUACCCUCCUGCGGACACGCUGCCCAGAGAAAAGAGGCUUGAUUAUUUUUUAUUUUUAUUUUUUAAUUUAAUUUUUUAUUUUUGGCGUGAUCAUCGUGCAGAAAUAACCACUUUUCUCCCAGUUUGCCGGUGCGCACCGAGGCAGCAGGAAUAUGCUCAUGAAGGAGUACCGGAUCUGCAUGCCUCUGACAGUUGAGGAGUACAGAAUUGGACAGUUGUACAUGAUAAGCAAGCACAGCCAUGAGCAGAGUGACCGAGGUGAAGGUGUGGAAGUGGUGCAGAAUGAGCCCUAUGAAGAUCCGAAUCAUGGCAAUGGCCAGCUAACAGAAAAACGGGUCUAUCUCAACAGCAAACUACCCAGCUGGGCUAGAGCAGUUGUUCCCAAAAUAUUUUAUGUUACAGAGAAGGCAUGGAAUUAUUAUCCUUAUACAAUCACAGAAUACACAUGUUCAUUUUUGCCUAAAUUCUCCAUUCAUAUAGAGACAAAAUAUGAGGACAACAAAGGAAGCAAUGACAGCAUUUUUGACAAUGAAGCUAAAGAUCUGGAACGAGAAGUCUGCUUUAUUGAUAUUGCCAGUGAUGAAAUUCCUGAGCGCUAUUACAAAGAAUCAGAGGAUCCUAAAUAUUUCAAGUCACAGAAGACUGGAAGAGGCCAAUUAAAAGAAGGCUGGAGAGAGACCCAUCAGCCAAUUAUGUGUUCCUACAAACUUGUGACUGUGAAAUUUGAAGUCUGGGGACUUCAAACCAGAGUAGAACAAUUUGUACAUAAGGUGGUCAGAGAUAUACUAUUGAUCGGUCACCGGCAGGCAUUUGCCUGGGUUGAUGAGUGGUAUGACAUGACAAUGGAUGAAGUCCGAGAGUUUGAACGAGCAACUCAGGAAGCUACCAACAAGAAAAUUGGGAUUUUUCCACCUGCAAUAGCUAUCUCUAACAUUUCCAUGCCUUCUUCAACCCGCAGUGCUCCAUCUAGUGCUCCAUCAACUCCUCUCUCCACAGAUGCUCCCGAAUUCCUAACAGUUCCCAAAGACCGGCCUCGAAAAAAGUCUGCUCCAGAAACGCUCACUCUUCCAGAUCCAGAGAAAAAAAAACUUCAAAUUAACUCAGCAUGAUUCCUCCUGAUAAGCCAUGUCUACCACAGCAAGAGUAACAUAAUACAGUUUCUAGAAAGGUCAUGGUGGUUGGUUGGUGUUUGUUGGAUUUUUUUUUUUGUUCGUGUUUUUUGUUUUUUGUUUUGUUUUGCUUCAGAUAAUCUCACUGUUGUGGAAAGAUUGCUUCUUUCCUCAGGCUUGAUCCUUAAAACCUUCAGAGAAGCGCAUGCAAGAGAAUGUAAUUUAUAUAUUCCUAAAGCAGUGUUCCAAGCCAUAUGGUGCAUCUUACUGACCUACAAUGAAAUAGUCUGAGGAGAACCCUAUAAAAGAAAAUAAAUCUUUCUGUAGCAGUAUCUCUACGUACAAAUCCACAUCUAGGUCAUAGCAUUUAUAAUUAGGAAUAGAUGCUCAGUAAAGCUGCCAAGGACUUCUGAGGCAAAUUUGUGCCAAGCAGAAUGCAGGGUUAACUGGAUAAAAAAGCUCCAAUUUUCUUCUUUUAUAACUGAUUUUAAAAUCCAUCCUACUCUCAGGCUUUUCAUGUAUGUUCAUAAACCUUUGACCUGCAAUUCAUUGUACGUGAACACCAACAGCAAUCACUCAGAUUCAUAUUUUGCUUAAUAUGACUCAGGAUUUGGGGCCUAGCUAACAAACAUGAAACUUUUCAAACCUAAAAUAUCACUGUAUUGAAGCCCCAAUUGUAAUUAAUUAUACUGACUUUGAGGCCAUUGAACUAUUUCUAUCUUGCACAGAAUUUGUAAAAGAAACCACCUAUUUCUUGUAGAUAAUGUAUUUUAAUAGCUUUCCUUUUGUGAUCUCUUAAGUUCAUAUUGGUGUUCCAAUGAUGUUCCAUGUACAAAUUAAAAAAAAAAAAAAAAGAAAGAAAGAAAAAGCAGCUAAAUUGAGCCAGUUGAGAGGGAAAACCAAUGAAUUUUGUCUUGUUCUCACUGAAAGAAGAGUGGUAGUUACCCUGUAAGACCUUGAAUGUAAAGGAAAGAAAAUACGAGAUAUCCUUUUUCUUUCCUGGCUCUCACCAUUCCGAAACAGCACAAUCUCUACUAACAAAAAGCUAGUUCCAGGCUUUACCACCGCCUUUAGGGAAGGAGUGAAUAAAAUAAGUCACUUGGAAAAGCAAAUGAAUCGUGGGGCUGUUCAGUCCAUGUAGGGUGACAAUAAGGAAACAGAAGACCUCCUGGUCUGCAUGUGAAAUCACUCUUCAAUCUCAGGAAUUAAAACUUAGAAUGGAUGCUUCCCAGAAGGGAAGUGUAGAUUGAGGGGGGAAGAGAAAAAUGAAUUGCAAAAGUGUUCUCUUCCUUCCUUCUUUACUUUUCAAAAUGUAAACUCAGUGAGAAACUUUCCCUCUGACCCCCAUUUGGGGUACUUUGUUCUCUUUCAUACAAAUUGCUAUUUAAUUAAUAUCUAUCUUGAUGGGUAGCUGUAGUAGACAUUAAAUAAGCUGCUGUUCAAUUCCCAGUGAAUGAUAGCUGUUACAUGAAUGAUACGAUCAAAGUGGGUGGUAUUUUGUACCACUGGUGACGUGGUACAUGGAUAAAGAGAAGAGAGUCCUCCAGAGCUGAACUAUCAUUGAAUAUUGAACAAUCAGUUUGGGGAUGGCCUUUUACCUGUACAGGACGUUUGUGCCAUCUUCUCAGCACAAUGUAAUGAUUUGACUGGCUUAAAUGCACUGAACUUCUCAAUGGCUGUAGAUCCAGUAGAAGUUAUGUUGAAUGUGUGGUAUUUAUAGGGUAGUUUUAGUAGCAGGAGAGGUAAUUCCACUGUCAACCUGCACUGAGAACAAGUGUAUAUUUGAUUAAUAGUUAAAACCCUGUAGCUAGCAAAAUCCAGAAGCUCUUUGUAGGUUAGCUAUGGUCUGACUUCAUGCUUCCUCCCACUUACUGUCCAUGUUUUGCUUUGCGUUUCUUCCCAGAGUUUGUAAUUCUGUGUAGUUAGUAAGCUGACAGGUGAUGAUUUUUUGUUUGAAAAAAAAAAAAAGCCGCUGUGAUGCUGCAAACAAAACUUUAUUGCAUUAGUUUAUGAUUUCAGCUUUAAGAGUGUGCAAAUUAAGUAAUAAUGAGUAUAACUGGUCUAAUCUUUAUUAUUUAUUUAGUAGCAAGAUUGAGACAUUGGCAGAGAAGGGAAACCUUUUAAAAGAUAAACUGUUGUUGGUUGUUUUUUAUUUCCUGAAUUUAACUAUGUAGAAAUAGUUUAGGUCUGCUCCACCUGAUGCAAGUCUAUUUUUCAAUUAAUUUGUUGUUUGUCAAAGGAAAAAUUGCCCAGCUCUAGUUAGUCGUAAUUUCCUUGUGCUUACGUGUUACUGUUUCUAUAGAGGUUUUGGCAUCUGGGUUUGUUACAGAUUACUAGACCAAAGCAGUUAUACCUUUACUCAUGUUUAACUGAUUCAUUUCAAAUCCCAUGUGGAUAGGAUGAUUAUCACACCAUGUAGGUUUGGGAGGUAAGGCAUGUAUGAAAAUUAUUAACAUGCCUGAACAGGACACAUCUUGUAGCUGUGUAACAGACAUGUAGGAGAAAGACACUGAUCGUGUCACAGAAAAAAUGCCAGACCCAUUAAUGCUGUGUCCAUCGGCAUGUGCUGCUGCCGUAGUACUUCCACCAGGCAGUGCUGGUCUUGAGGAGUACCAGAUUUAUUGACCAAACAGCCUGAAUUCAUUGCUGGCCAAAAUAAGGUUCAUGAUCAUCCACGUUGCUUACUAAUGAAGGUAAAAAAAAAAAAAAAAAAAAAAAAAAAAUCUAGAUAUCUUCAUUGCUUUGGAUAAGAAAUAUGCCAGGCUUUUCAUCAUCGAUGUUAGUAACCUCUGCCAUGUUCUACUUUGUUUUCCCCACCAGACAGUAAUUAACCAGUUUGUCCAUAAGAAGUUUAAAUAUCAUCUCUGUUCCUGUGUUUUUUUUAUUUUGGUUUUGAAGCAGGAUAGCUUCUGGAAUAUUCCACAAAAUCACACAACGUGAAAUGGAAAGGAAGGUCAGAAUGCUUGGGUAACAUCUUGAGGCAAAGGGGUUGCUUUCAUUACUGAUUUUGUCAGAAUGCUUUCUACUGCAUUUUCAAGCAUCUUUAUUAGGAGAAAAAUAUCAUUUUGCAGGUAUUCAUUACUUCUUUUGCAAAAAUAAAUGAUGUAAAUAGUGAAUACAUCUGUAGAGAAUAUGGUGGCACCCAGCAAAGGUGAAUGGGCACAGCAGCUGUGUAUUCACUGCUCACUGCCAUAGUGAAAGAAGAAUGACAUGCUAUAAUUCUGCUAGGACUUCAUAAGGAUUUUUUCACCAAGGAAAAUGCAGUUCAGAGUAAAUAAUGUGAUUACUUUGUUUGGGCUUCUAUUAAAACCUUCUCCCAGCUUUGCUCAUAUUUUUAUAUAUAUUUCUUGUAGAACACUUGUAACAAAAUAACUGGCAAUUGCAAUCUUCAGAAGGGCAGACCUCCUCAUAAAUUAAAAAAGGAGGCACCUAGGAAAGGAAAUACUAUGAGAAGCAGCACAUUCCUGAAACACACACUGAAUGGGAUUUCUUAUGAAUGUAAUUGCUGAUUUUGUAAAUGACUGGAUAAAUCCUGUGGAAAGAAAGUAUUUGACCUUAUUCUUUGACUUUUUAUUAUUAUUAUUAUUAUGGAAGGUGAUUGUGUGACAUCUAGUAGCCAUUUUGCAUUAACUGCUGCUGUAGAGAUUUUGAAAUGGAGAUAUUUGUUCCUUGACUUAUUUUGUAACAAGACCGCUACGAUUUGUUAAAACUGCUUUGAAGCUUGCUGCACUAUAACUUCCAAACAAUGUGUUAUCAUUUGAAAUAAGCCAAACGUGUAUGCUUUUUAUGAGUUAGUGCAGUAAGAGAGAAUUCAUGAUCUUGUCAAUAGGAGCUUUUUUUGUUUCCAUUGUUUGGACUUGGUUUUAUAUGUGUAAGUUAAAAUUGCUAACUACGUCUAACAAUGUUUUGCUUUAAAUGAGCAGCAUGGUCAUUGAAUUACAAUCUCCUGUAGUUUUGUGGUGUCACUUAAACAGAUUUCAUUGGUUUAUUUCAUUUCUGUGAUAAUUCCACAUGACUCUGAAUGUCCAGUAAUUCAUUUCUUUUAUUUAGAGCUCUGAUAGCUACAUUAGGCAAUCCAUUACUACCAUCAAAGAAGGACCAAGUUUUGAAUUGCUCUGCAUUUUAAACAAUGCAAGGCUAAGCAGGAGAAUUUGAUUGUCAUAUUUUUCAUCCAUUUCAGUUAGUUUUUGAUUUUUCCUAGUUAUUUAUUAUUUUUAAUAUUGUAUUUUUCCUCGCAUUUUGUUGUAAAUAAACUACCAACAAGUA